AUGGUGUCUGUUCUGCAUGCUCUAAGUCAGUCGCCAAAUAUGUCAAGUACGCUGGAGAUGGAUGGCCAUCUUUGGAACAAGCUCGGCGAAUACUAUGAUGUAAAUGAACUCAAUAAACAGGAAGAGAAUGGUGAUGAUGAAAAUGAUACCCCUCUUUGGAUGCGCGAGUAUGAAGGGCUCCAAGACAUGUUGCGAACGAAUGAACGAGCUCGUACACGGCUAGUUCAUGGUUUGGACAAAGAGGAGUUCGCAUUGCAGCCGUUCAUGUCCUUCGAGCCAUGGAUGGAGGUACGCCGUGUUGCACCGACAGGCGAUCAUGAGAGUCAAAGCGAUGUGCCACAGUCUGUGGUGCCGCCGUCGUCGGACGAUGACCUAACUGAUGCCGACUCUGAAUCCAAGACUGACGAUCGAGAGAUGCGGUCCUCGGCCAACCAUCCACCGCGUCGUAACCGACGAAAACGUGCGCAUACAGAGGAUGAACAAAUGCCUGAAUCGCAGAAAGAUGGUGCUGCUGCUGCUGCACCCGUCUCAGCAGCCACUGGUGUGAGCACUCGAGCUGGCAAGCGAAGACGCAGUACAAAAAUGGACGACGAAAGUGCUGAUUCAUAUUCUAGACCCAUAACAACUCGGCGACAGCAGCGCCAGAUCGAGGAGCGAUCUGCUGAAGACGCAGCGGAAGCAGCAGCAUCUACAAGCACAACAGGUGCCACAAUCGGCACUACGAGCACGUCAGCGGGCGGUGCGCAUGGCGGAACGGCAUCGUCUUCGGCCGGAACGACAGACGAGGUGGCCGGCUCAGCGAACACGCCUCGUGCAUCACGCUCUACAUCUUCACGAAGGAGCUCUACCGCGUCUGCGAGAUCACAGGCAAACAGUGCUGGAUCAUAUGCGUCACCGACGCCUAGCACACGUUCUUCACGGCCACGGCGACUGUAG